UGCCAAUUCCCCUUCUCAACAAGUUGGACACUUUACAGACCGUUGCAAAGAUGUCUUCGUUCGCGCGCUUUGCAGUGAUAAUAAUCCUCCUACCAACUAUCCAGCAGAUCGUGGCCACUCAGCUUCCUGCCUCAUUGCCAAUCUUCCAGUUCGAUCAGCCUUCUUCCUCAGUGCCAAUCUUCCAGUUCGAUGAUCCGUACCAGUGCCGGGCCAACUUGGGGACGUACUGCUUCGUCAGCACGCUCCGCCGCAUCCCGGAAAAUGCCCGCACCAACCGGGAGUACCCACGGCGGCUGUCGGUGCACUUCCGGCGGGAACUGCUCGAGUGGGGCCUCUGCACGAAGCAGUGCGGUGCCGACGUUUCCCAUUUGACUAAAGCCGACCGGGCACUUCUGAAGCGGCCACACUUUUCGUCGUCCUCGCUGAAGUAUCCCGAUCGUUACUUCCCGGAGCGGAUCUACAUGGAGAAACUCUUCGGGGAUCUGAUGCAGGUCUGCGUCAACUAUAGAUUGCUGGUGCUGUACAACUUCAAGGGAUAUCCGGACUUGGAGAAUUGCAUCACCAGUACCCACAUGCCGUGGCAGUUCUUAGACUGGUACGUCUGCUUAUUCUACAUGAUUUUGUUUACCUGGAUCAUCAGCUUUUCGAUGUGCAACGUACUGGACCUUUGCGGUCCACGACUGUUUCGCAGAUACAAGAUCGUCCAAGCUGCUUCGAUCCGCCUAAACUGGAUCCGCUUGACCAAGUACGACAUCGAGGACAAGCUCUCGGAGAUUCGCUGCAUCGAAGGGUUGCGCUUCUUGCUGAUCCUAGCCACGAUCGCGUUCAACUGUUUUAUGCUGAUGAUCACCUUUCCGGUGGACAAUCCGGAGAAGGUCGAGCAACUGCUGAAUAACCCCUUGGUGAUCAACAUCCUUAGCUGUAUGUUCUGGAUCAUUCCGGCCUUUCUCACGAUCGAUGGAUUUCUGUUGAUGUGCCAUUUUUUGAACUUUCGCGAGAAGUGCAAGGAAUUUUGUGCCUGCUACUUCUGGUACGAAUUUUUGAAUCGUCUCGUGGAAAGCUAUCCACUUUACACGAUGGUUUUGCUGUACACCUCGAUCAUGGACACGGUCUGGGGUGGCGCUCCGAGUGUUGGGCGGUAUCUGAUGAUGACGAGAGAGGCUCGCUUCUGUCGGAAGAACGUUUGGAGCAACCUGCUGCUGGUGAACAAUUACCCCUCGACGUCGCUGGAAAUGUGCUACGCCCCGGGCUGGUACUUUGCCGCAAGUACGCACAUGUUCGUGCUAGGAUCGGCACUGUUGUGCCUCACUUGGGUAUUUCCAAAAAUCAUCAAGUACAUCAAGUGGACAGUUCCAAUGAUCGCGAUCAUUCUACCAGGAGUUGGAGCUUACCUGUUUCCAAGUGCCCCACUUCCUCCGCUUCAGCUCAAUGACAUACAAUCAGGAUUCAUGUACCAAACAUGGUACCGGAUGAUGUAUCUGCCAACUCACAUGAACGCCGGAUGCUACCUCGUAGGAAUGCUGUCCGGCUACUACAGCCAAAAGUCCAAGAUCGUCGAGGUUUGCCUGUUUCAGAAUAAGGUCUACAAGUGGAUCAAACAACUCUCAUUCCCAGCGGUACUCUUCACAGCCUGCACGCCGUUUCUGUUCUACAGGCUCAACAUUGUUCGACCUGGUCUGCUUACAUCGGUCUACGCGAUCCUCUUCAACAACUCCUCUUCCAUCUUCCUGGCCGUGUGUCUGCUGGAGAAUUUCCGGAACAUCCCGCGCAUCCUCAUCCGAUGUAUCGAGACCCCGCUCUUCGUCAUCCCAACCCGGCUCAGCUUCUCUCUGUACGUGAUCCAUCCGAUCGUACUGCGUUGGUUCCUUUCGCUGGGCGAUCCUCGCGAUGGGUUUGAGAUGGCCAAAUACCCGCUACUGUUUGUGAAGGUGUUUGUGAUCACGUUUCUGCUGGCCGUUGCAAUGUACCUGUUUGUAGAGGAACCUGCACGGAAAUUUUUGGGUUCGAUACUACUCAAAAAACAGGUCCGUGGUGAUUUCUCGAGAAAUGUCCGCAUUGCACCGCUGGAGAUGGCCCGUAGAUAUUAAGAUUGCUACAAUACUUGAAUUUUUCCU